CGCUGCACUAAUGUCAUACACAGUAAACAUUAACCAAAAACCUGAUUGAAAUUAUAUUUCAAAGUGAGUUUUGUAUUGAUAAAACAGUUAAAAUGGAAGAACAAUGUUUAGUAGAGGGAGAUAAUUGUUUCACGAUUCUCUAUAAAAGUUCUAUUAUUCACGAUAAAAAUCAACCAGAAUUAAAAGUUGGUUCUCAAAUUUCCUAUUUGUGGCCUGAGAAUGCUCUUCAUCGCAAAACGUACAAAGGAAAAAUAAUUGCGAUAUCAGAUAAUGAAUCAGAGUUGCAAAAAAAAAUUACAAAAUUGCAAAAAAGUUUAAAUGAGAGUAAAAUUUCUCGAAAGAAAAGGAAGGCCAAAGAAGACCUUACAGAAUUAAAUAAAGAGAAUGUUGAAUCACAGGACAAUGGAACAGACAGAAAAGUAUCUACUCGUCAAAGUAGAAAGAGGAAAGCAACAGAAGCAUUGAAGAAAGGUAACAAAGAGGAUGAAGAGUCGAAAAAGAAGGAAAACGCGAAAAAGAAAAACGAAAAACGAUUAAAAAGAGAAGCAAAUGUUCUUAGCAGCAAAGAGAUUCUGAAGUCUCUAGAUGCAGAAUCAUAUGAAAAUUCUGCUUUAUUCAGAAUCGAAAAGAAAGCAGACGUGGCACUGCGCAUAACCAGAAAUUUGAUGAAUGUACUAGAAUUGCUUCAAAAAGAGAUCACUGAGUUCAAAUCAACGGAUGUUGCAGCUUCAUCAAACAGCUUUGCUUCAACUAGCAAACUUUUGGAUUUCACUAGUGAAAUUCUUGCUCCAACUAGUAAUCUACCUGCUUCUGCUGAUGAAUUUCCCGCUUUCACUAAUGAAGAGCCUGCUUCCACUAAUGAGUUUCCCGCUUGCACUAGUAAAGUGCCUCCUAUUAGUAAAUUGCUUGCCUCCACUAGUGAUUUUUCAGUUUCUACUAGGAAAGCGUCUACUUCCACUAGUAAAGUGCCUGCUUCCAAUAGCAAAGCGCCUGCUUCUACUAGUAAAGCGCCUGCUUCUCCUAGUAAAGAGCCUGCUUCUACUAGUAAAACGCCUGUUUCUACUAGGAAAGUGUCUACUUCCACUAGUAAAGUGCCUGCUUCUGCUAGUAAAACGCCUGCUUCUACUAGUAAAGCGUCUACUUCCACUAGCAAAGUGCCUGCUUCUACUAGUAAAACGCCUGCUUCUACUAGUAAAGCGCCUGCUUCUACUAGUAAAACGCCUGCUUCUACUAGUAAAGCGUCUGCUUCUGUUAGUAAACUUCACGCCUCAACUAGUAAAUUUCCUGCUUUCACGUUCAACACAACAAAAAGCUUGGUUCCUCAAUACGAAACUGACGAGGAUGAAAACGAAGAGUUUGAAAAUUUUAACGCGCCCUGGAAUGAACUGGAUUUUACAAAUGACAAUGAUAGCUUUGAUUUAUCUACUCAACUUUCUGCUUCCGCCUCCAACACUGCGGAUGCUAAGGAUAAUCAAGAUUUAAGAGAAGAAAAAGAAGAUGAUGAUUAUGAAGGAGAAGACGAUAAUGAAUCUGACAAUGUGGAGGACGAAAACGAAGACAAAAGAGAGAAAAAGAAAGAAGAAAUUUUUCUUUUUACGAAAGAAAAUGGUGAAAAGGCUGUUGAAUUAAUUAAUGGCAGCGAUGUUUAUAUUGAAAAAAGUGCGCUGAAGAAUGCUAGGGCGACAUCAUCUGUUCAGACGACAUUGGCGAGACAGUUAAUGUGUUCAAUUUUUACCCAGAAUGCUUUGUUGAAAUAUUCGUUAUGUGGAAAAGGAAAAUUAAAAACAAGAAGAGAUGGUUUGCCUCCCCACGCAAUUCGUACCAUUUUAAAAUAUGCCAGGGCAACCGCAAAGCAUGCACAGUGGACAGUUCUCGAUAACCAAUCUGUCAAAGCUAGUCUUCGUUGCAAACUGCGAGAGAUGCAAUUAAAAUCAUCAAAAAAUUAA